AACAAAGGAAAAAAUACUCCAACUCCAAUGUCAUUAUGCAUGAGACUUCACAGUACCACGUACAGCACUUGGCCACCUUCAUCAUGGAUAAGAGCGAGUCCAUUGUGACGGUGGACGAUGCUAUCCGAAAACUCAUCUUGCUCAAUUCAAAAGAGAAGAUCUGGACACAGGAGAUGCUGCUGCAAGUGAAUGACAAGUCCAUUCGUCUGCUGGACUGCGAGUCGCAGGAGGAGCUGGAGGACUUCCCUCUGCCGACAGUCCAGCACUGCCAAACAGUGCUGAAUCAGAUGCGCUAUUCCUCCAUCCUCCUCCUGGUGUGUCAGGAUUCAGAACAGCACAAGCCCGACAUCCACUUCUUCAACUGUGACGAGGUGGAGGCGGAGAUGGUUCAUGAGGACAUAGAAAGUGCCCUGGCAGACCACAAGCAUGGGAAGAAGAUUCGGCCACAGACACUCAAAGCAAACCAAGAAAAGAUCAGGCAGAGACAAUCCAUCCUCCCACCACCACCGGGGCCGGCUCCCAUUCCAAUCCAGCACGACAUGCGAGGCUCAGGGAUAAACAGGAACCGGGUGGCACCUCCUUCUCAGCAGAAUCCAGACUAUGAACGACGAAGCUCCAGCUCUCAUGACCACGAAGAGUCCCGAGCCAUCUUAGCACAGAAGAUUGAAAAAGAAACGCAAAUCCUCAACUGCACUCUGGAUGACAUUGAAGUGUUUGUCGCCAGGCUUCAGAAGGCUGCAGAGGCAUUCAAACAGCUCAACCAAAGGAAGAAAGGGAAGAAGAACAAGAAGAAAGGGCCAGCAGAGGGCAUGCUGACUCUUCGAGCAAGACCCCCAAGCGAGGCCGAGUUCAUUGACUGCUUCCAGAAAACCAAACUGGCUUUUAACCUCUUGGCCAAACUGAGAAAGCACAUCCAGAACCCCAGCGCUUCAGAGUUGGUGCAUUUCCUAUUUGGACCACUGGAACUGAUCAUCAGUAGCUGUGGUGGCUCUGACCUUGCCAGGUCUGUUGUCAGCCCGCUUCUUUCUAAAGAUGCCACAGAUUUCCUCAGAGGACACCUGACACCAAAAGAAAUAAACCUCUGGGAGUCCCUGGGAGAGGCAUGGACCAAAUCCAGAGCUGAAUGGCCCCGAGAAGCAAACAUCCCCACCUACAUCCCCAAAUUCCGCAAUGGCUGGGAGCCACCCAUGGAAAUCUUCCGCGGAGCUCCGUGGGAAAUAGACAUCGGACACUUGCAAGAAGAGCUAUCAUCAGCCAAUGGAUAUCCUUACCGCAACUCACUCAAGCGCAGCCAGACCCCUGAGCAGACACAAGCUGUGGAUGCCUUUAAACAGAACGUAACUCAGCAUGUAAAUAGGAAUUUUGAGGCACAGGGAAUGGCUCUGCCCAAGAGAUAUGCCAAAAUCCGCUAUGAUUUCACUGCACGAAAUGCCAACGAACUCUCAGUGCUUAAGGAUGAAAUCUUGGAGGUGUUGGAAGAUAAUAAGCAGUGGUGGAAGUUGCUCAACCGGAGCGGGCAGGCUGGUUAUGUCCCCUAUAACAUCCUGGAUGUGGUGAAACUGGAAGAGCUCGAACAGUCUAACCAGAGGUACAAAGGAGAUCCAACCCCCAGGGGAUAUGGACCAUCCAGCCCAACUCACAAGCUACCUGCCAGCUAUGCUGGGGAUAAAUGGGGAAGUGAAAUGUUAUCACGCAACUCUCCCCAGGAUGCCAAAGAACAACUUAUUCAUCACAUGGACGAGCUGAAUGAUGAGUUGCUAAAGAAGAUCACAAACAAUAAAAUUCAGCCUCCUCAGAGGAAUUUCAAAGUGGAAAAGCCUCAGGAAGCUUUUGUGCCCCUCACCUUUGAAUCCAGCACUGAAGAAGUCAAAGCUUGGCUGGAGGCAAAGUCAUUCAGCAAAGAGACAGUGGAACACCUUGGCAUCCUCACUGGAGCUCAGCUCUUCUCCCUCAACAGAGAGGAGCUGAAGAAAGUGUGUGGUGAUGAGGGAAACAGAGUAUACAGUAAAAUCACAGUGGAGAAAAACCAACUGGAGAAAAGCAGAGGGGAGUCAGAGCUCCAAGAAAUCAUGAAGCGUCGCCAGGAAAGGAUUGAUUCUGCUAAUUAAAAUCUAUCUGCUUUAUUUCAGCUAUUAGUCAUAGUAGUGCAGAAAAAGGGAAUGAAAGCAAUGAUCCCCAGUCCAGACAAGAGACAGCAGUGCUCCACACUUAGUGGUGUAACUGCCAUCAACGUGACAAUUUCUUGAACACUGUUGAUAAG